UUUUCCUCGAACAAUUUUUAACAAUGCUUAUGUUAACAGAUGAUGCUUCUAAAGCUGGUGUUGGUCAUACGUCAUCAACUGUAGAAAAAUUCAUUUAUAUGGUUACUCAUUUAGGUAAUGCCCAUAGAUUGACAACCAUAGUUUCAUUUUCUAGUUUUGGUUUUCUAUUAUUAGGUGGAUAUCUUAAAUCAAAAUAUUCAAAUCGAUAUCCUUGGGUUCAAUUUAUUCCUGAAAUUUUAAUCUGUGUAAUUAUUUACACUGCAUUAUGUGCUAUUUUUCAAUGGGAUGAUUAUGGUCUUGAUAUCCUUGGACACAUUCAAGGUGGCGGUUUUCCUUCUUUUCAAAUUCCUAGACCACCACCAAUGACUCAUAUAUUAGAUUGUUUCGAAACUGCUGUUUUGAUUUCAAUUGUUGGAUUUGUUGAAUCUAUUGUAGUUACUAAAACUUAUGCUACAAAACAUAAUUAUUCUGUUAGUGCAAAUCGUGAAUUGGUAGCUUUAGGUACCGCUAAUUUAGUUUGUAGCUUUUUUCAAGGGUUUCCUGCAUAUGGUGGUAUGGCAAGGAGUAGUAUAAAUGAUAGAGCUGGUGCUAAAACACAACUUUCUGGCAAUCAUUAG